GAGGCCUACGCGACGGUCAUCACGAACGACGGCUACGCGCCCGGCGCCCUGGCGCUCCUCCAGAGCCUGCGGGCGUCGCGCAGCGCGAAGCCGCGCCUCGUCCUCGUCACGAGCGACGUCUCCGAGCGGUCGCGGCGCCUGUUGCGGCGCCUCGCGACGGUCGUCGACGUCGAGCCGAUCCCCAACCCGCACACGCCCCUCGACGGCAAGGAGUGCUGGGCGCGCUGCGGCUACACGAAGCUCGCGCUCUGGGGGCUGACGGAGUACACGAAGCUCGUCUACGUCGACGCGGACGCCGUCGUCCUCGAAAACGUCGACGAGCUCUUCGCGCUCGACGUCGCCUUCGCCGCGGCGCCGGACAUCUUCCCGCCGGACAAGUUCAACAGCGGCGUCAUGGUGCUGGCGCCGUCGAAGGAGACCUUCGACGCCAUGCUCAAGGUGGCCCCGGACGCGCGCUCGCACGACGGCGGCGACGGCGGCUUCCUCAACGAGUUCUUCGACGACUGGUUCGAGGGCCCCGUCGCCGGGCGCCUCGCCUUCCGCUACAACUGCCAGCGCACGCUCCACCGCUUCAUGCACGCGCACAACGCGGGCUUCUGGGACGUCUGCAAGCCCAUCAAGGUCCUCCACUUUGCGUCCGUGCCCAAGCCC